AUGAGUUCGACCAUUUUGGUCAUUCACGGACCAAACUUAAACUUGCUAGGAAAGCGCGAACCUGAGGUCUAUGGUCACCUCACAUUGGAUGACAUUAACCAACAAUUGAGUCUCCAAGCACGUCAAGCCAAUAUAACAACUGGGAAGGUGCUGUGGUCGAUCGUAUUCACCAAGCACAACAAGACGGCAUAA